AAACUCCUCCAGAGACUGAAACUCUUCAUUUGACUUCUUCACUCCGAGCAGCACUGACGUCUGUUUCAGAGGAACAUCUGUAUGGAGACCUGAGGAAACAUCUGGAUGUUUAUGAGUGAUGGAUCCUCUUAACUCCUCCCUCCUGCCCACCAACCAAUCAGACUUCGGCAGCACCUUCACCAAGCAGGUUCUCCCGCCGCUCUACCUGCUGAUCUUCGUGGUGGGUUUGUCCCUGAACGGCGUGGCCGCCUGGAUCUUCUUCCGGGUGCCGAGCGACUCUGGCCUGGUGGUCUACCUGAAGAACAUGGUGGUGGCGGACCUCCUCAUGCUGUCCUCCUACCCGUUCCGGACCGCGGCUCAGCUGGGUCUCGGCGGCUGGCGCCUCCACGUGGUCAAUUGCCGCUACACCGCCGUGCUCUUCUACUCCUCCAUGUACGUGGGGAUCCUCUUCAUGGGGCUCAUCAGCCUGGAGCGCUACAUCCGCAUCGUGAGACACUCCUCCUCCUCCUCCUCCUCGUGCAGGUCCAGGUUGGGCGUGCUGUCUCUGCUGCACCUCCUGCAGAGCGUCUGGUUCGCCCGGGUCCUGGCGCUCCUCAUCUGGAGCCUCCUCCUCCUGGGCGUGCUGCCCAACGUGGUGCUGACCAGCCGCCCGGCGGACGAGGCGACCUCUCAGCACUGCAUGAAGCUGAAGACGCCGCUGGGCCUUCAGUGGCACCGGGUCUCCACGCUGUUCAGCGUCGGGCUCUUCUGGGUCACCCUGCUGGUCCUGGUCUACUGCUACACCGCCAUCGCGUGCCGGGUCUACCGGUCCUACCGCCGCGUGCGCCACAACAACAGCGACGUCUGCAGGAAGUCCAACCGCAGCAUCUUCAGCAUCCUGGCGGUGUUCUUCGUGUGCUUCGUGCCGUACCACGUGUGCCGCGUGCCGUACACGCUGAGCCAGAUGCCGGAGUCCGGCUUCAGCCCGGAGACCCGCUUCUUGUUGUUCCAGCUGAAGGAGGGGACGCUGUUCCUGUCGGCGCUCAACGUCUGCCUCGACCCGGUCAUCUACUUCCUCAUGUGCCGCACCUUCAGGGAGUCGCUGCUCAGGAAGCUGUCGGGGAGGGAGAGGAGGAGGUCACUGACCACGGCCCAGAGUCUGAGCCACAUCUAG